AGCCAAACCUAUUUUCGAAUACCCUCCUCUCCUCUCCUUGAAUGUCGCACACGACACACUCGUUCUCUUCUCUCUCUCUCUCCCCUCAUUCACCCGCCGGCGACUUAACAUCUAUUACCACCGGCGACAAAUAAUCAUCACCGGCGGACGGAUCAACCUCACCAUCCACCCGACGGCGAUUUAACAACCAUUACCGCUGGCGACAAAAAGCCAUCACCGGCGGCGGGAUCAACUUCAGCUAUCCACCCGGCGGCGACUUAACAAACAUUUCUUUGCAUCUCUUCUUCUUCCAUGAAAAGAGGGGUUUAUUCCAUUUAAUUUAACAUCAGUUUCAGUAAAUGGAUGGUAUCCCCCACUCCAUGCAGAAACUAGACUUUGAAUUGGAUGAAGGCAUAAGUGGAAAAGCAAACCCUUCACUCAACACCACAUUUGAGCCGAAUGAUGUACAACCUUCUCUUGACAUAAGUGGACCAUCCAAUCGGAAUGAUGAUUUGCCUACAUCUAAAGAAACUGUAGGCAUUGAUACAAGCAUACAAAAUAAGGUUAGAGAAAAAUUAAGUCUCAUUCCUGAAAAGUGGACACCAAAAAUUGGUAUGAUAUUUCCAACAGUGGUGGAGGCAUAUGACUUUUAUAAUACGUAUGCUGGAAAAGUGGGAUUCAGCAUUCGGAAAGCAAGUAGGUCAUUAUGCAAACGGUCCAAUCAAGUAAGAUAUAGUAAGUUUUGUUGUUCCAGAGAAGGAAAGCGUAAGGCAAAUGGAUCUUUGAAUGCCAAGAUUCAUCGACCAGAAACAAGAUGUGGUUGUAUGGCAGCUAUGACGAUAAGUCGUGUGAAAGAUGGUUAUCGUGUCAUUGGUUUCAAUGAGACUCACAACCAUAUGUUUGCGACCCCUAUGAAAUCACAUAUGUUGAGAUCACAAAGAAGGGUUAAUGACAUGCAAGCUAAAAUGGCAAAUGAUGUGGGAAUAGCUCCAAAAGCAAUUAUGGAAAGAGAAGUUGAUGGUCAUGAAAAUGUUGGGCUUACUUCGGUUGAUUUAAAGAAUUAUUUGCAUUCACACCGAACUCGGAAUAUGGAGAAGGGGGAGGCAAGUGGUAUUUUGCAGUAUUUUGAAGACAGGCAAUCUCAGGAUCCAUCAUUUGUCUAUGCAAUACAACUUGACCAAGCUGAGUUAGUCACAAAUAUGUUUUGGGCAGAUGCACAAAUGAUAGUGGAUUAUUUUCAUUUUGGUGAUGUGGUAAGUUUUGACACGACAUAUAGAACAAACAAGGAGAAUAGGCCACUUGCAGUUUUUGUGGGAGUAAAUAAUUAUAGACAAACAAUAAUUUUUGGUGCUGCAUUAUUAUAUGAUGAAACAAUGGCUUCAUUUGUAUGGUUAUUUGAGGUGUUUCUCAAAACAAUGGGAGGAAAACAACCUCUGACAAUUCUCACUGAUGAUGAUGCAACUAUAGAAAAAGCAAUUAAUUUGGUAUUACCUAAAUCACAUCAUCGGUUAUGUGUUUGGCACAUGUUCCAAAAUGCUGCAAAACACCUUAGCGGUGUUUUUGAGAAGUUCAAGUUAUUCUCACAAGAUUUUAAAAGAUGUGUGUAUGAGUAUGAUGAUGUUGAUGAAUUUGAAAGUGCAUGGAAGAACAUGAUUGAUAAAUAUAGACUUCAGGAGAAUGAAUGGUUGCAAAAAUUGUACAAUAAAAAGCACAAAUGGGCUUUAGUGUAUGGACGACAAACAUUUUCUGCCGGCAUGAGCAUAACACAGAGAAGUGAGAGUUUGAAUAACUGUCUGAAGAAAUACCUCAAUAUUAAGCAUGACUUGUCAAGGUUCCUUCAACACUUCGAGAGGGUAGUUGCUGAUAAACAAUAUGAGGAGUCAAAAGCUGAAUUUGCAGCAACACAAAGCACUCCAUUCAUGGUAGCAAAUAUGGCAAUUUUAGAUUUUGCUUCUCGUGUGUACACACCACCUAUUUUUUCCAUAUUCCAGAAUGAGGUAUUGCAACAGUUAAAUUGUAGGAUUGAAGAUGAGUGUGUUGUGUCUGAAACAUCAAUUGAAUAUACAAUUCAUUUGUAUGGUGUGAACCGUCAAUAUAAGGUCACUUUUGAUCCAAGAAACAAUUCAGUCAAUUGCAGUUGUAGGAACUUCGAGUUUGUUGGAAUCUUGUGCAGGCAUGCUUUGAAAAUACUUGAAUAUAGACAUGUAGAGGUUUUGCCCUCAUGCCAUGUAUUGAGAAGGUGGACUAUCAAUGCAAAAAAAUCUGGGAGUGAAGCAUCACAUGGACAUUUGGACCAAGCUAGAAAAAUGGCAAUCCACAAGAAAGAGCUAUUUCAUUUGUUCACCCAAAUAGUUAAUCAAGCUGCACCUAAUGAUGAUGCUUACAAGAUAGCUAUGCAAUUAGGAGAAAAGAUUUUAGAAGAAGUGACAAUGUGUUUAAAACAAGCAACCACUAAGCAAUCAUUUGUGGCAUUUGAUGGCAUCAAAGUUGAUGGAUCUCCUUACAUAGAUGAUGGCACACAAGUUGAAACCAAUGACACACAAAUGGAUACUUGUGGCACACAAGGUGAAAAAGAUAUCAAUUGCAACCUGAGGGUGACUCGGUAUUCUCCCCACUAGCAAGGAACUACUUCAUCGGCGUUGAGUGCCUGGCUAUGCAACCUGUCACCACCCCGUCGUGCUUCUCAAUAAUAGAGAAUUUAAUGCAACAAGGGUUUUUGUUUGAGUUCGACAGGGACAGGUGGCAGUUGGGUUUUUUUGCGCCCUACCAUGAGAGUGAGGCGAGUUCAGUGGAGUGCAAGGUGCCUGGGUUUAUAGUCUCAUUAUCGUUGGAGCUGUGAUCAGCUUCCUCCUUGAAAAGGAAAAAUUGCAGAUUAAUACCCUAUAUUUUGGGCUUAGUCUCACUUUGGUCCUCAAUCUUCAAAAUGUGUCAAUUUAGCUACCUACCAUUAACUAGCUAUUAAAUGGCAUUUGAAAAGAUACAAAUGCCUUUUGGGUAUCAUGUAAUUUUUCUUUACCAACCAUCCAAAUACCCUUUGGUCUCUUCUUCUCUCUUCUCUCUUUCUCCAUCUCUGUUUCUCAACUAAUAUUGAAUAUGCCAGGCCCUACAAACUAAAAAGUGGCGGUGUUUUCAAGAAAGGCUUGAAGAACAAGUAGACAGCGACUGUAAAGGAUUUUCUGCUUCAAUUGUGGUUGCUGUUAUUUUUGCCGCAGUCAAACAAGAUUCUAUUUGACAGUAAUAGAAGGCAAUAUACAGGGUGCAAACUUAUAUUUUUGAUAAAAUCCUAGUUCCAAGAUAAAUGCACUUCGGGAUUUCACAAUUAUGUGAGUUGAAUUUCUGUUAUUAAAGAAUCUAUAGAUAACUCAAGAUGUAUUAGAAAGCACUCUAGAUGAAUUUACUUGUGUCAUUGACGGGUUGUCAGUAUAAUCCUAGAGCUCACAUGUUUUUCAUAUUUGUGGCUUUAUGCUCUUGAAUUUGUUAAUGUCAUCUGAUUGAUCUCUUCGAGCAGAAUUUUCCCCAGUCCAAAAAUCAACGUUUCGAAGAGGACUAAAAAACGGUGACAGAGGUGACCCACCUGAUGACAUGAAAGACACUUGGCAAGCUGUUGAAAAUCGCCUCCAACAAAUAUGGAGGAAGAUCAGCAGGGCAGCCCUCCAGCUUCUCCCAUUCAAUUUCAGAUCUUGUACCAUUAUCAACUGCACUCCUCCCCUGUUUUUCAUAUUUAUGCACUCCGUGGACAGUGGACUGUAAAUUGAUCUCCGGCUAUUAGAGGCUUCUCCAUGUCUUCUGCAGUUCUAUAAAAUAUGUCCCAACACACGUGUUCUUUACGAAGAACUCGGACCCUUAUAAUCCACAGAAAAUUCACCAUUUCUUCCAUUUGGAAAAACAACAAGAACACAGUCAACACAAUCAGGGUGUUCGAAUUCAAUCUCGGGCAUCUUACCCUUCACCGGACGAGACGGAAUUUUGAUGGGGGAAAAACUCCAAUCCCAUAAGUUUCUCCAGAUCAGAAUAACCCAAACCAUUGAGGAGCUUCACACCCCAUCUAAACCCACCUGCGGCCAUGGCGAUUGGCGACAACAGCAAUCACAUGACCCACAUCAUGGUUACAACACCGAAACAUGCGUUCUCCAUACUUGAAGUGAUUCCAACAAGGAGCCUUUAGGAAAGAACUUGGGCAGGAAAUCAGAUAGGAUUAUAUUUAUACAUUCAUUUCAUCUUCUUGA